AUGUCGACAAAUGAAACAAUUUCAAUUCCAAAUUAUUCAUUAUCAUAUUCAAUUAAAUUUGCAGUAUUAAUUGCGCUUGAAAUUCCUUCAAUACUCGUUUCAAUUCUAAUUUUAAUUUAUUUCGGUUAUAAUCAUACGACUCGUUUAAAUGAUCAAAAUCGUUCUAUAUUCGUUUUACUUGUAAUUAAUUUUCUACAAGUAAUUACAGAUCUUCCUAUGCCUAUGAGUUUUUUUCAUUUAAAUGGAAUUGUUCAACCAGCAACAUCAACUUAUUGUACUUGGUGGACUUGGUAUGAGUUCUCAUUAAAUACAACAAAUGGUUUUCUUAUGGCAUGGAUCUCUAUUGAACGUUAUAUAUUAAUUUUUCAUCAUAAUUUUAUUCGAAAUCUUAAUGGUUGGAAACGAAGAAUAUUUCAUACAAUACCAUUAAUAGUUUGUUCAUUAUGGGGACCAUUCUAUUAUCUUCUUGCAAUUAUUAUUAGUCCCAUGUGUACAAAUACAAGAGAUUAUAAUGCUCUUUUAUGUGGUUUACCGUGUUAUUUAUUCACAAAUUGGGGAACAUUUGAUCUAUUUUUUGAUGUUAUUUUUCCAGUAUUAACUAUUUUUAUUUUUAAUCUUAUUCUUUUCAUACGUGCUGUUUAUCAGAGUAUGAUGGUGGUUGGUCGUGUUCAAAAUAAUUGGCAACGUCAUAGAAAAAUGGCGUUUCAAUUAGGACUUAUUUCAUUUGUUUAUCUUGCUGUUUGGAUUCCAUUAUCUAUUAUACAACUUGGAGAAAUCUAUAUUGAUUCCAAUUUUCUUUUCGAACAAUUGGAUACAUUUAAUUUUCUUGUUUAUAUUGUACCUCUCAUUCUCCCUAUGAUUUGCCUUAUGUCAAUGCCUGAACUUAUUAAAAAAUUGAAAACUUUUUUAUUUCCACAACAACAUGCCAUUGUCGUACCCAUCAAUACUGCCGUCAUUCAUCAAACCAACUUAAACCGUUUUUCAAUGACUGCUAGACUUGCAAAAUUUUAA